UCUGUCGGUAUUGUUGGUACCCACGGAUGUCUAGUUGUCAAAUAGUAAAGUCGACAGUCGUAGCCGUCAACUUGCUGCCCGCUGGCACUCGUUGGUUACCUGCGAAAGUGACAAGUUGUCGUGAGUUUGGUAAAAUAAAAGUGAAGACAAGUAAAAGAGUAUGGCAUCAAAAUUAAUUUUGGGAGUGCGCUUAACUCCUCAAUCGUUCACUACAGUUAAACUCGAUCACGUCAAUCUUGACAACAAAGUUGAACACCUAAAGACAGAAGCUGCACUAAAAGUUAACCUCCCGAAAGAAUGUCUUGAACUAAUUUACUGCGGAUGCAUUUUGGAGGAUGAUGCUACCUUGGCAUCGUGUGGAUUAAAAUCUGGAGUUAUGAUUCAUGUACUGAAGAAAAAAGAACCAGAAGUUCUUGUUCCUGCUAAACCCAUUUCCGAAGCUAGCGUUUUACACCUUGCUUCUGCCUUUCGAUCAUUCAAUGUCAAUCCUGCUCUGCGCAGUGCUCUGCAUCGACUGAGCAAACGACCUGAAGUUAUUGAAAAUAUAAUUUCAUCAUCACCAGGAUUAAGUGACGAUUCAGUGGCUAUCGCUAUGCUUCAAGAUCCAGACCUAAUGGCUCACUUUACCGAUCCAGAUACUGUUAGAAGAAUAGCAGAACUACACCCUUGUCUGGUCGAAGCCGCUCAGCAUAUUGCUGCUGCGGUACAUGAAGAAGCUCACAGUAAUUCGGCAGGAACUUCAAAUGCAUCAACAUCGUCAACCCAUCACACUGCCUAUUCCUACAGUCUCGACAAUAUGAGCGACGAUGAGGAAAUGGCAGGGGAUUCUUCUCAAUCGUCAGAUUCUGCCCAGCCGACAGGCCUAUCCAGGAACCAAUCCAACUCGGCUAUUACAACUGCACAACUGGCUGCUGCUUUGGUCAGAGCUGGAGCUCGAGGCUUUCCUCUUUCAAAUUCCUCAUCUACGUCUGGCGGUGGUUCAUCUACUAGAGUAAUAACAACGGAAAUGUUUUCCCAAGCCAUGCAGCAUGCCUUUUCUUCUGGUCCUACGCAACCUCUUAUACCGCCCUUACCUCCAGUUCUUCCUCAGCCAUCGGAAUUGCAAACACAACUUACUCAGAUGCAUGAAAUGGGCCUUCAAGAUGACACCGUCAAUGUUCAGGCACUACAAUUCACCAACGGAGAUGUACAAGCUGCUAUAGAAUUGGUAUUUAGUGGGUUUAGUGACACUUAAAGAUAGUAUUUUAUUCGUGUCUUAUUACAAUUUACUACUGUGCAUAGCAGGUUACUACAUCACAUCAAUUGCUAUGCAAAAUUCAAAAAUGCCGGCCCGCGUUUCUUUUGUUCUCAUAAAGUAGGAACUAAGUUGAACAUUUUCCUGGCAGCAAAUAAAUAGAACUCACUUUAUUCUUUUACCUCAUACGCCUUUGCAAAUAUCUAAACUAUUUGAUGUGCAGAUGAAUAAAAGUAAUAAAUAAUUCAUCGAUUGUUUCCAUAUAUCAACAGUCCUUUCCUUGCAAUGAUACUUGCUGAUACUCACAAAGGUGUAAUUGUGGACAUAGAUUUUUGCCAAGAUAUUUUAUUUGACAGCUGUUUCGUCAAUAUACCACACCUUUGUCUGUUACCUUGGCGACUGUGUUCAUUUACCUCUAUUGAUUUAAUUUUACAUUACAUCCAAACCCUGACAUCUGUCACAGUCUUUUUGUAACCCUACACUUCGUGUAAUUUAUACUUUGGAUUGUCGAAAUAUUAUUUAAAUCUAAUCAGUUCCGAUAUAUAAUAUGGCUAAAUCUGUAACCACGUAUGAGAAGCCUACGCCACAUAUUAGUAAGUUGUCUGUAAUAUCAUUAAUAUGUACAGUAUAAUAAUAGUUAUGAAUAUCUAAUUGUAAAAAAGAUACUUUUGUACAUAUUUCCAAUAUUCAGGUGUAAUACAACAUCUCGUGUUUGAAUAAACUGAAUAACUAAAGAA